AUGGCCGACGCUGUUCACCGUGAUGUCCACAACCCGCUACUCUUCGAGUGUGCUUGGGAGGUCGCCAACAAGGUCGGCGGUAUCUACACCGUCAUCAAGACCAAGGUGCCCGUGACCGUCAAGGAGUUUGGAGACCGAUACUGCCUGAUCGGUCCCCUCAGCUACAAGACGGCGCCCAUGGAGGUCGAGUCCGAGGAGCCUGAGCCUGGACCGAUGGCGGACACUCUCCGCGCCAUGAAGGACGGCGGCAUCAAGUACAUCUAUGGUCGUUGGCUGAUUGAGGGUGCUCCCCGUGUCCUUCUGUUCGACACUGGAAGCGUCUACAACCGCCUGGACGAGUGGAAGGCCGACCUUUGGAACGUUGCCGGCAUCCCCACGCCGCCCAACGACCACGAGACCAACGAGACCCUCCUGUUCGGCUACAUGGUUGCUUGGUUCCUCGGCGAGUUCUCCGCCCGCUGCCUCGACAAGGCCAUUGUCGCCCACUUCCACGAGUGGCAGGCUGGUCUUGCGAUCCCGCUCUGCCGCAAGCGUCACAUCGACGUCACCACCAUCUUCACCACCCACGCUACCCUCCUCGGCCGCUACCUCUGCGCUGGCGAUGUCGACUUUUACAACAACCUGCAGUACUUUGAUGUUGACCACGAGGCCGGCAAGCGUGGAAUCUACCACCGUGAGCACCUGCUGAAGCGCAAGCCCGACGGAGUGCUUCCCAACGGUCUCAACGUCAAGAAGUUUGCCGCCAUGCACGAGUUCCAGAACCUCCACGUCAAGUCGAAGGAGAAGAUCAACGAGUUUGUGCGCGGCCACUUCUACGGCCACUACGACUUUGACCUCGACAACACGGUCUACAUGUUCACCGCUGGUCGCUACGAGUUCAGGAAUAAGGGUGUCGACAUGUUCAUCGAGUCGCUCGCUCGUCUCAACUACCGCCUGAAGAAGAUGAACUCGAAGAUGACCGUCGUCGCCUUCAUCAUCAUGCCUGCCGCCACGAACUCGUACACCAUCGAGGCGCUCAAGGGCCAGGCUGUCAACGGCCAGCUCAAGGACGUCGUUGGCCAGAUCACGAAGCGCAUUGGUGACCGCAUCUAUGACCACGCCGCCCGCUACCAGGGCGUCCACGGAACCGAGGUGCCCAACGCCGAGGACCUCAUGUCGGAGGAGGACCGCAUCCUGCUGAAGCGUCGCGUCUUCGCGCUCAAGCGCAACUCGCUCCCGCCCGUUGUCACCCACAACAUGCAGGACGAUGCCAACGACCCGAUUCUGAACCAGAUCCGUCGUGUCCAGCUGUUCAACCGUACCUCUGACCGCGUCAAGGUCGUCUUCCACCCCGAGUUCCUGAACUCGAACAACCCAAUUCUCGGUCUCGACUACGAGGAGUUUGUCCGCGGCUGUCACCUCGGUGUCUUCCCCUCGUACUACGAGCCCUUCGGUUACACCCCUGCCGAGUGCACGGUCAUGGGUAUCCCGAACGUGACGACCAACCUUUCCGGAUUCGGUUGUUUCAUGGAGGACCUGCUCGAGUCACCCGAGGACUACGGCUGCUACAUUGUCGACCGCCGAUCCAAGGGCGUCGAGGACUCGGUCGAGCAGCUCACGAACCAGCUGUGCAGCUUCACGAUGAAGUCGCGCCGUCAGCGUAUCAACCAGCGUAACCGUACCGAGCGUCUGUCCGAGUUACUCGACUGGAAGUCGCUCGGCCUUGAGUACGCCAAGGCGCGCCAGCUCGCCCUGCGCCGUGCCUACCCCGACUCGUUCAACGACGACGAGCCCGAGUUCACGGGUGUCCGCCGCGUUGGCGCUCCCCUCUCGGCUCCGGGCAGCCCGAAGGGCUACCGCUCUGGAAUGAUGACGCCUGGCGACUAUGCGACUCUGACGGAGGAGAUGGCCCACCUGGGCACGAGCGACUACAUGGGCGCGAAGAACUGGAAGGGCAUCAAUGACGAUGACGAUGAGGAGAACCACUACCCGUUCCCUCUCACGCUCAAGCCGAGGAAGCGGUCCGACUCGCUCGCGUCCGCGAUCUCGGGCACGAUGACGCCGUCUGGUGGCCGCAAGCUGUCUGAGCACGACCUGUCGAAGGCUGACGCUGCGCUCGAGUCGCACCAGACGGACCAGAACGGCAAGGAGAGCCAGACUGCCGCUUAA